AUGAAUCGCUUCAUUACACCACGGCGCGUGCUGCGCAGAGCCAGGUCGCCCUUGUCACGAAACUUCUCCACCAGCAAGACCAUUCCUCUCAUUAUCAACGGAAAGGAUAUCGUAACAGACAAGACUUUCCAAGCCAUAAGUCCAAUCAACAACGAAGUAAUCUGGAACUGUUCUGCCGUUUCGCAAAAUCACAUCGAUGAAGCCGUCUCUACUGCAAACGCGGCGUUUCCCGCUUGGUCCAAGACUAAGCCCUCUCACCGACGCGAUAUCUUCCUGUCAGCUGCCAACAUCAUGGAGAAGCGGAGAGAGGAGCUGCUCCACUAUCUACACCAGGAGAUGGGAGCAGGCGUUGAUUUCCAAAACUUCAUUCUUGGCCUUGCCAUUGAGGGCUUGAAGGAUACUGCUGGAAGAAUUGCUGGUGCUGUUACUGGUAGUAUUCCAGAGUCUAUCCAUGAAGGGAUGCGCGCCAUGAUCCUCAAGAGGCCCUAUGGUGUAAAUCUUGGUAUUGCGCCAUGGAACGCACCAUUUCACCUUGGUCUACGUUCCAUCACGUUUCCCUUGGCCACUGGCAACACAGCCAUUCUCAAAGGAGCAGAACUAACUCCAGCCUGCUACUGGGCCAUUGCCGAUGUGUUGCGCGAGGCUGGUCUCCCUGAUGGCUGUCUUAACCUUGUCUUCCACCGGGCGCAGGAAGCUCCUGGUGUGAUAGAGAGUCUUGUCAGUCAUCCCGAUAUGAAGAAAAUCAACUUUACUGGAAGUAGCGGCGUGGGUGCCAUCAUAUCAUCCAUUGCUGGUAAACAUUUGAAGCCAGUAGUCAUGGAGCUUGGUGGUAAGGCCAGUUCUAUUGUAUUGAAGGAUGCAGAUCUAAACAAGGCUGCCGAAAACUGUGCAAGAGGUGCCUUUUUCAACGCUGGCCAAGUUUGCAUGGCUACAGAACGCAUUUUGGUGCACUCCUCCAUCGCCACUGAGUUCCAAAACGUCCUGGCUAAAACAGUCAACGCAAUGUUUGGGUCUCAGGAGAGCACUCCCGUUCUUAUCACGUCUGCUGCCGCCAAGAAGAACAGGGCUCUUGUCGAUGAUGCCAUCUCUAAGGGUGCAAAGCCGCUGGAUAUGUUCAGUACGGACCUAGAGGCCAAUACAGUCGACACCAAGAUGCGUCCCGUUGUGCUUACCAACAUGUCAACAUCGAUGGACUUGUAUCGCCAGGAGUCGUUUGGACCAAGCGUCUCGUGGUUCACUUUUGACACAGAGGAUGAGGCUAUCAAGCUAGCUAAUGACACUGACUACGGCCUUUCAGCAUCAAUCUAUACGGAAGACCUGGGAACCGCAUUCCGUGUCGCUGAGCAGCUGGACUCGGGCGCUGUGCAUAUCAAUUCUAUGACAGUGCAUGAUGAGUUCGCUUUGCCGCAUGGUGGUGUUAAGAAGAGUGGUUUUGGUCGGUUCAACGGGUAUCAAGGGUUGGACGAGUUUUUGUACUGCAAGACAGUAACUUGGAUGGAGUAG